AACGUGGUGAACUUCGUGGACGACAGCUUCCCCCCAGGCCCGUGCUCCGUGGGCUUCCCCGAGGGUGACAGCGUCCAGCAGCGAAUCAAAAAGUGGCUCCGCCCCCACGAGAUCAACUGCAACAACUUCAAGGACCGGGGCGUCAAAUGGUCCGUCUUCCGCACCCCGCGGCCCUCGGACAUCCUGCAAGGCCUGCUGGGAAACUGUUGGUGAGUUGUCGUCACUGAACGUGUGCAUUUUCGUAGUAUAUGUAGCUCAACUAUGUGUGCGUGCGUCCGCGUGCAUGUGUCUGUGUGGGUACAAAACCGUGUGCAACCUACCUUAAGCAGCGUGUGUGCAUGCUUGUGUGUCUGUGGCUUGUGUGUAGAAGUGUAUCCUCGUGGCGUGUGUGUUCAGUGUGCUUGCUGUGCUUCUUAGACACAGUGUUUGUCUCCGUCCUCCCUGGACUAUUCCUAAUGUAUUUCUGAAUGAAUAAACCAACUCCACUCUACAUGUGAGAGGUGAUCUCUCAUCGCUCUUUCUUAAAGGUCAGGGUGAAUAACAGCGAGAAUGAACAAGCACACUGGUGGCCCGUGUAGUUUAUCAUUGAGCAGUGACUAUAGAUGUACUCUCUGGGCCUAAAGCAGAUAGAGAAGGAGGGAGGGGGAGAGAGAGGAAUGAGGGAGAGGGAAAGAGGGAGUUUAACCCUCUAGAGUCUAAGCCCUGUCUAAGCCAUGUUGUGUGGGUUGUUUUAAGAUGGUCAUACCAAGGAUCAUUUAGCUAUUUGAUUGAAUAUUUUAAUUUAAGGUAUUUUUUUGGGAUGAAACAUUGAAUUUGGCAAUAGAAACGCAUUGACUAAAAGAUUCACUACAUGGAACAACAGAUAGUCCCCAAAAAAAUCUAAAGGAAGUUUGAUCUGAAGUGUCUAUCCUAUACAUGUUUUACAUGUAUUUAUCCCCUUAUUUUAGGCACUAAACUAUCUCCAUAUACAGUACCAGUCAAAAGUUUGGACACGCCUACUCAUUCAAGGGUUUUUCUUUAUUUGUACUAUUUUCUACAUUGUAGAAUAAUAGUGAAGACAUCAAAACUAUGAAAUAAUACAUAUGGAAUCAUGUAGUAACCAAAAAAGUGUUAAACAAUAUAUUUUAUAUUUGAGAUUCUUCAAAGUAGCCACCCUUUGCCUUGAUGACAGCUUUGCACAGUCUUGGAAUUCUUUUCCUUCACUCUGCGGUCCAUCUCAUCCCAAACCAUCUCAAUUGGGUUGAGGUCGGGUGAUUGUGGAGGCCAGGUAAUCUGAUGCAGCACUCCAUCACUCUCCUUCUUGGUCAAAUAGCCCUUACACAGCCUGGAGGUGUGUUGUGUCAUUGUCCUAUUGGAAAACAAAUGAUAGUCCCACUCAGCGCAAACCUGAUGGGAUGGUGUAUCAUUGCAGAAUGCUGUGGUAGCCAUGCUGAUUAAGUUUGCCUUGAAUUCAAAAAUCAACGACAAUGUCACCAGCAGAGCACCAUCACACCUCCUCCUCCAUGCUUCACGGUGGGAACCACAUAUGCGGAGAUCAGCCGUUCACCUACUCUGCGUCUCACAAAGACACAGCGGUUGGAACCAAAAAUCGCAAAUUUGGACUCCAGACCAAAUGACAAAUUUACACCGGUCUAAUGUCCAUUGCUCGUGUUUCUUGGCCCAAGCAAGUCUCUUCUUAUUAUUACUCUCCUUUAGUAGUGGUUUCUUUGCAGCAAUUCAACCAUGAAGGCCUGAUUCACACAGUCCCCUCUGAACAGUUGAUGUUGAGAUGCAUCUGUUACUUGAACUCUGUGAAGCAUUUAUUUGGGCGGCAAUUUCUGAGGCUGGUAACUAAUGAAUAUAUCCUCUGCAGCAGAGGUAACUCUGGGUCUUCCAUUCCUGUGGCGGUCCUCAUGAGAGCCAGUUUCAUCAUAGCGCUUGAUGGUUUUUCCGACUGCUCUUGAAGAAACUUUCAAAGUUCUUGAAAUUCUCUGGAUUUACUGACCUUCAUGUCUUAAAGUAAUGAUGGACUGUCAUUUCUCUUUACUUAUUUGAGCUGUUCUUGCCAUAAUAUGGAUUUGGUCUUUUACCAAAUAGGGCUAUCUUCUGUAUACCCCCCCCCCCCCCCCCCCCCCACCUUGUCACAACACAACUGAGUGGCUCAAACGCAUUAAGAAGGAAAGAAAUUCCACAAAUUAACUUUUAAGAAGGCACACCUGUUAAUCGAAAUGCAUUCCAGGUGACUAUCUCAUGAAGCUGGUUGAGAGAAUGCCAAGAGUGUGCAAAGCUUCAAAGGAUGGCUACUUUGAAGAAUCUCAAAUAUAAAAUAUAUUUUGAUUGGUUUAACACUUUUUUGGUUACUACAUGAUUCCAUAUGUGUUAUUUCAUAGUUUUGAUGUCUUCACUAUUAUUCUACAAUGUAGAGAAUAUUAAAAUAAAGAAAAACCCUGGAAUGAGUAGGUUUGUCUAAACUUUUGACUGGUACUGUAUACUUCCAUUUAAAAAAAUAUAUUGGUACCGUGGACCUUCAGAUGAGUCUUGUGGGCGUCCUAGAGAAAGACGGAGAGCAAAACCAUCGUGUUCAUAAGAGUCAGCUUUCAAUAGAGUGGUCAUAAUAGUAGGCCAAACCGUACUGACGCUACAGACAUUUCUGUGAGAAGACCGAAUUUUUCAUGGGCUGACAAACACCGGUUUAGUUCUGCCACCUUUCACUGCAGAUGCACAAGGGGGCGAUAUCGGUGGAUGUGGUGGAUUGAGACGCAGCCAAUACAAAAAAAACACAUAUCUCUAGUUUAAAAAGACUUUUUUUUUGUGUUAUUUAGAUUUCCACCGGGGCGCGACCAGUGUAGGCCAAGGGUUAAAAGAGAAAUAGAUAGAUAUAGAUAGAGACGGAGAGAGAGAACCGAGAAAGAGAGAGAGGAGGGGUGAGGCGGCCAGAUGUACUGAUACAGCACCUGACUGGGGGAUUAUUCAGAGGAAUGUAGGUCUGGACACAGAUGGUUUUCUCCACGCCCUUGUUUUGGGUGUCCUUGGGCCCGUGUCGUCAUCCCUAUAUACACGCACACACACACACACACACACACACACACACACACACACACACACACACACACACACACACACACACACACACACACACACACACACACACACACACACACACAAGAACCCUCCCCAGAGCCCCCUCCACACACACUUUCUCUCACACUACAGGAAGUAACCCAAUUCCCAUCCUCAAUCUAACCCCAGUCACAUUUACAGUCCAUUUACACAUCCCCAGCUACGCAACCACAUGUCAAAUCACAUACGAUCACAUCUCCCCUAUCUCCCUUGAGUGGCCGGAGAGGCUAGAAACCUGUCAUAGUCCAGCGUUCUCGUCGCUGCGCCCAAAGUAAUUGGAUUUAGAUUGUAUUAUUUUAUCUGAUUUGCAUUGAUUUGAUUUACAUGGGGUUGGCCCUGCUUGUCUGGAACGGUAGCGCCGGAGCAGACACGGGGAUUGAGUUAUUAUUGAAAAUGUCUCGUUGAAAUUAUGCUAGAAAAUCAUGCAGAGCGUCUCUCUUGAGACAGAUCUCGAGAACACACGAACGCAUGCGCACAUGCUCACGCACACACACUCCCACACACACUCGCACACACACUCGGACACAAACACACACACACACACACACAUCUCAAGAGGUCAGUGCUUGUUGAGAAAGGCCUCAAAUAAAUGGAGCUUUGCACUAGGAAAGAGAGAUUUGUAAAGAGAUCUUCUGCAUCCCCUAACCUCCCUUUAGAGUCUGCUUCCUCAGAAUGUUGUCUUCCUACAUGUGGAGUUUUUUCUGGCGUUAAGUCCACCAUCAGUACCACAUGACUAGACCAUAAAAGGUCAGUGGUUCUGUCACGUCAGGUCUCAGGAAAGGUGAUGUACAGAAGCUAUGACCAGCUUACCUCCACUACAAAUUUGUAUGAAUAAAAUGCGAUGAAUUACUUGAUAUUUAUUAACUUUCUGACUGAUUAAUUGAAUAAUUGACUUACUGAAUGACUGAUUGAUUGAUUGUAGGGCUGGGAUUUUGCCUGGGACCUCGCCAUACAAUAUUAUCACGACAUGAUAUGUAUUGCGAAUAUAUACAGUGAGGGAAAAAAGUAUUUGAUCCCAAGCUGAUUUUGUACGUUUGCCCACUGACAAAGAAAUCAUCAAUCUAUAAUUUUAAUGGUAGGUUAAUUUGAACAGUGAUAGACAGAAUAACAACAAAGAAAUCCAGAAAAACGCAUGUCAAACAUUUUAUAAAUUGAUUUGCAUUUUAAUGAGGGAAAUAAGAAUUUGACCCCCUCUCAAUCAGAAAGAUUUCUGGCUCCCAGGUGUCUUUUAUACAGGUAACGAGCUGAGAUUAGGAGCACACUCUUAAAUGGAGUGUGCCUAAUCUCAGCUUGUUACCUGUAUAAAAGACGCCUGUCCACUAAAGCAAUCAAUCAAUCAGAUUCCAAACUCUCCACCAUGGCCAAGACCAAAGAGCUCUCCAAGGAUGUCAGGGACAAGAUUGUAGACCUACACAAGGCUGGAAUGGGCUACAAGACCAUCGCCAAGCAGCUUGGUGAGAAGGUGACAACAGUUGGUGCGAUUAUUCGCAAAUGGAAGAAACACAAAAUAACUGUCAAGCUCCCUCGGCCUGGGGCUCCAUGCAAGAUCUCACCUCGUGGAGUUGCAAUGAUCAUGAGAAUGGUGAGGAAUCAGCCCAGAACUACACAGGAGGAUCUUGUCAAUGAUCUCAAGGCAGCUGGGACCAUAGUCACCAAGAAAAACAAUUGGUAACAAACUACGCCGUGAAGGACUGAAAUCCUGCAGCGCCCGCAAGGUCCCCCUGCUCAAGAAAGCACAUAUACAUGCCCGUCUGAAGUUUGCCAAUGAACAACUGAAUGAUUCAGAGGAGAACUGGUUGAAAGUGUUGUGGUCAGAUGAGACCAAAAUGGAGCUCUUUGGCAUCAACUCAACUCGCCGUGUUUGGAGGAAUGCUGCCUAUGACCCCAAGAACACCAUCCCCACCGUCAAACAUGGAGGUGGAAACAUUAUGCACAUUUGGGGGUGUUUUUCUGCUAAGGGGACAGGACAACUUCACCGCAUCAAAGGGACGAUGGACGGGGCCACGUCAAAUCUUGGGUGAGAACCUCCUUCCCUCAGCCAGGGCAUUGAAAAUGGGUCGUGGAUGGGUAUUCCAGCAUGACAAUGACCCAAAACACACGGCCAAGGCAACAAAGGAGUGGCUCAAGAAGAAGCACAUUAAGGUCCUGGAGGGGCCUAGCCAGUCUCCAGACUUUAAUCCCAUUGAAAAUCUGUGGAGGGUGCUGAAGGUUCGAGUUGCCAAACGUCAGCCUAGAAACUUUAAUGACUUGGAGAAGAUCUGCAAAGAGGAGUGGGACAAAAUCCCUCCUGAGAUGUGUGCAAACCUGGUGGCCAACUACAAGAAACGUCUGACCUCUGUGAUUGCCAACAAGGGUUUUGCCACCAAGUACUAAGUCAUGUUUUGCAGAGGGGUCAAAUACUUAUUUCCCUCAUUAAAAUGAAAAUCAAUUUAUAACAUUUUUGACAUGCGUUUUUCUAGAUUUCUUUGUUGUUAUUCUAUCUCUCACUGUUCAAAUAAACCUACCAUUAAAAUUAUAGACUGAUCAUUUCUUUGUCAGUGGGCAAACAUACAAAAUCAGCAGGGGAUCAAAUACUUUUUUCCCUCACUGUACGUUCCGAUUUAUAUACGUAUUGCAAUUCGAAACUGCGAUUUUAAUGCGAUUCAAUGUUCCAAACAUAUUGCUCACUAUAUGUCUGCUGCAGAGAGACAAGAGAGAGCCAUGAGAAAAUAUGUUUUGAUCAGUCAUGAAAAGAAAAGUGCUGAAAACAUGUUGGCUCACCAUUUUAAAAAGAUGGAGAACAAGCUAUAGAAGGAGAAAUAUUGGCGCAGGUACAGCCGACUGGUGCUUGUUAACAUUAACUGGAGUCAUAUAAUCGAUUUAUAAUAUCGUAAGAAAUAAUAUUGCGAUACUCUACUGUAUAGAUCCCCCCCCCCCCCCCCCCCCCCAUCACUAAUUGAUUGACUAAUUCACUGUCUAUCUUAUUGCCCUCCCUGUAGGUUCCUUAGUGCGUUGGCGGUGCUGGCAGAGCGUCCAGAGCUGGUGGAGAGGGUGAUGAUCACCAGGGGCAUCUGCCAGGAGGGGGCUUACCAGGUCAGGCUGUGUAAGGAUGGUACCUGGAUAACCGUCCUAGUGGACGACAUGCUGCCCUGCGACGAGAAUGGAUACCUGCUCUUCUCCCAGGUGAGGGGGGGGGGGGGGGGGGGACACCACACACACUCAUGCGUACGGAUAUAGUAUGCUCGAAGACUCACUUUAUACACACACACAGAACUAUAUCUAGCCUAGUCACUCACUCUCUCUGUCUUUCUCUCUCAAACUCACAUACAUUCAUGCGUAUAUACAGAUUUUCAAACACCGUCAUUAGUCAUACACACGCACACUGUUAUGCAGUGAAUAUAGCAACCUGAUAUUCCAACUGGUGAGUAAACACAUAUGCACACACUCAUUCAGUUCAUUCCAAGGCUGUGGUGGAGACUAGGGCUGUUGCGGUGACUGUAUUACCGCCACACCGUGGCUACUUAUUUCCCUCAUUAAAAUGCAAAUCAAUUUCUAAAAUUUUUGACAUGCGUUUUUCUGGAUUUUGUUGUUGUUAUUCUGUCUCUCACUGUUCAAAUACACCUACCAUUAAAAUUAUAGACUAAUCAUGUCUUUGUCAGUGGGCAAACAUACAAAAUCAGCAGGGGAUCAAAUACUUUUUUCCCUCACUGUACACCUGUUCUGAAAGGCCCCAGAGUCUGCAACACCACUAAGCAAGGGACACCACCAAGCAAGCGGCACCAUGAAGACCAGGGAGCUCUCCAAACAGGUCAGGGACAAAGUUGUGGAGAAGUACAGAUCAGGGUUGGGUUAUAAAAAAAAUAUCUGAAACUUUGAACAUCCCACGGAGCACCAUUAAAUCCAUUAUUAAAAAAUGGAAAGAAUAUGGCACCACAACAAACCUGCCAAGAGAGGGCAGCCCACCAAAACUCACGGACCAGGCAAGGAGGGCAUUAAUCAGAGAGGCAACAAAGAGACCAAAGAUAACCCUGAAGGAGCUGCAAAGCUCCACAGCAGAGAUUGGAGUAUCUGUCCAUAGGACCACUUUAAGCCGUACACUCCACAGAGCUGGGCUUUACGGAAGAGUGGCCAGAAAAAAGCCAUUGCUUAAAGAAAAAAAUAAGCAAACACGUUUGGUGUUCGCCAAAAGGUAUGUGGGAGACUCCCCAAACAUAUGGAAGAAGGUACCCCGGUCAGAUGAGACUAAAAUUUAGCUUUUUGGCCAUCAAGGAAAACGCUAUGUCUGGCACAAACCCAACACCUCUCAUCAUCCCGAGAACACCAUCCCCACAGUGAAGCAUGGUGGUAGCAGCAUCAUGCUGUGUGGAUGUUUUUCAUCUGCAGGGACUGGGAAACUGGUCAGAAUUGAAGGAAUGAUGGAUGGCACUAAAUACAGGGAAAUUCUUGAGGGAAACCUGUUUGUCUUCCAGAGAUUUGAGACUGGGAAGGAAGUUCACCUUCCAGCAGAACAAUGACCCUAAGCAUACUGCUAAAGCAACACUUGAGUGGUUUAAGGGGAAACAUUUAAAUGUCAUGGAAUGGCCUAGUCAAAGCCCAGACCUCAAUGCAAUUGAGAAUCUGUGGUAUGACUUAAAGAUUGAUGUACACCAGCGGAACCCAUCCAUCUUGAAGGAGCUGGAGCAGUUUUGCCUUGAAGAAAGGGCAAAAAUCCAAGUGGCUAGAUGUGCCAAGCUUAUAGAGACAUACCCCAAGAGACUUGCAGCUGUAAUUGCUGCAAAAGUUGGCUCUACAAAGUAUUGAUUUCGUCUUAUUUCUUGUUUGUUUCACAACAAAAAAUAUUUUGCAUCUUCAAAGUGGUAGGCAUGUUGUGUAAAUCAAAUGAUACAAACCUCCAAAAAAUCUAUUUUAAUUCCAGGUUGUAAGGCAACAAAAUAGGAAAAAUGCCAAGGGGGUUGAAUACUUUCGCAUGCCACUGUAUACAACACGACCUCUUUAAGAAUACAUUUUCACAAAACACUUUGAAUAGACUAAUAUGCUACUAAAACACUUACCUUUAAAACUAUCCACCAGGUCCCAAUUGUCUUUUAGACACAGUCAGCAACUACCUGACCCUAAUUACAUUUACAUUUACAUUUUAGUCAUUUAGCAGACGCUCUUAUCCAGAGCGACUUACAGUUAGUGAGUGCAUACAUUUUUCAUACUGGCCCCCCGUGGGAAUCGAACCCACAACACUGGCGUUGCAAGCGCCAUGCUCUACCAACUGAGCUACAGGAGGCCUGCUGUUUGACCUGCUGUUUAAAAAAUAAAAAAUAAAAACGUCUUAUUUUUAAGACAGAUUUGCUCUCAGGUUUUUUAAAUUACACAACACUGUGCUGAGGUCAGAGGAGCACUGUAUUGACGCAGUGGUUAGUGUUUCCUCCAGCAGUGACACAAAGCCCUGUCACUCUACAGAAUGGUGAUUAGAUUUACCUUUUCUCUAAUGGCCCCCUGUCCUCCAGCCACCACCUGCCCUGGGGCCACACUAAAACCACACAUGAGGCUGCUAUAGCCAGGACCUCAAUCUACUCUAUUGACGUACUGUAUCUCCUUAUCAUGAUGUUUUCAUACCGUAGCAUGAGGGGGACCUUUUUUAUAAGCAACAUGGUAUGGUUAGAACAUGUGGUUUACUCAUCCUGGUUGUGCAUAACAUGUGCCUAAUCUCGGUUAACACGGAACUAAAAUCUCAGCUUCUUAUCUAGCUCAUCCGUAUGUUUUUUAAACAUGGACGAGAUAACUUUCUGCUUCAGAUCCCCACCACCAGUUUAAGCACCACCUUUGCCCAAUCCUGAUUCAGGGGUGGUGAUUUGAAGAAGAAAGUUUACUCGUCCAUGUAAAAAAAAAAAAAAAAAAGGAGACAUUAUCAGAGUAUGUUUUAAUACUACACAAAUGACCAAAAUGAGUGGCUGCUCUGACACUGUCAAACAGAUAUAUAAAAACGACCUGGGCCCGGUUUCCCAAAAGCAUCUUAGACUAAGUUCAUUGUUACAGAGAUCCAUAGGAUCCUAUGGUUCUAAGAUUAACUUAGCCUUAAGAUGCUUUUGGGAAACCGGGCCUUGGUCUUGACCUGGCCCAGGGCCAAUAAAAAGAAGGGAGACACACAGAUUGCACUAUAUUAGGAGGAAAUAUAUAAAUAUUAUAGGCUACAGUAGGCUACUAGAUCAACCGUCCAGUGGCACUGACUCACCCAAUGAUGAAGAUAGCAUGAAUAUGCGUAGCCUAGGCUUCUCACCAUACCGGUGAUGGUCUCAAGAUAGGCCUGAGCUACUUUGAAAAACAGUGCUGUGUGUCCAAGUUGUUGUGAAAAUGGUAGCUUUUACAGAUUAAUUAGUCUUCCCUUUUCAGCAGUAGCCAUUUGCUUUCCAAACAUAUUUUCUGCGAUUGUGUUUUGAAAUUUGCAAAAGACCUUUAACUAUGCACUGACAGCAAGAAGAGAAAUAUAAUCCAUAGAAAUAGAAUCCCUAGAACGAAAGUGCCCAGUCAGGACUGACAGCCAUUUUGAGCAUACCCAUGAGUUUACCAGUCAAAUUAGUGAGGUUCCAAAAACCUUCGCAGGUAGCAUAUUUGGUUCCUUGGAAGUUAAACAAAUUGAAUCAAAUCACAUUUUAUUGGUCGCAUACACAUAUUUAGCAGAUUUUGGGUAUAGCGAAAUGCUUGUGUUCCGAACUCCAACAGUGCAGUAAUAUCUAACAAUUCACAAGAAUACACACAAAUCUAAAAGUAAAAGAAUGGAAUUAAGAAAUAUAUAAAUAUUAGGACGAGCAAUGUCGGAGUCCGGAGUAUAUACAGUGCCUUUGGAAAAUAUUCAGACCCCUUAACUUUUUCCACAUUUUGUUACGUUACAUCCUUAUUCUAAAAUGGAUUACAUACAAAAAAAAAUCCUCAGCUAUCUACACACAAUACCCCAUAAUGACAAAGUGAAAACAGGUGUAUGGACACUUUUGCAAAUUUAUAAAAAAUUUAAAACAGAAAUACCUUAUUUACAUAAGUAUUCAGACCCUUUGCUAUGAGACACGAAAUUGAGCACAGGUGCAUCCUGUUUCAAUUGAUCAUCCUUGAGAUAUUUCUACAACUUGAUUGGAAUCCACCUGUGGUAAAUUCAAUUGAUUGGACAUGAUUUGGAAAGGUACACAUCUGUCUAUAUAAGGUCCAACAGUUGACAGUACAUGUCAGAGCAAAAACCAAGCCAUGAGGUCGAAGGAAUUGCAAAUUAAUUACUUAAAAAUCAUACAAUGUGAUUUUCUGGAUUCUGUCUCUAACAGUUGAAGUGUACCUAUGAUAAAAAUUACAGACCUCUACAUGCUUUGUAAGUAGGAAAACCUGCAAAAUCGGCAGUGUAUCAAAUACUUGUUCUCCCCACUGUAAAUAACAUUAUAUUGGUAGCAAGAAUUGUAUAUAAUAAUUUAAAUUGAAAGAUUCAAAUUUUUGAAUCCGGUGUCGUUUUGCGUGUCAGUUCAUAAACACUAUGCCAUGGGAUCGGUACGUCAAAGAUCUCUUCCCAACUAUUUUGCAAUCUAUAUGGGACGGCUGUCAAUCCUUUCGUCCUUAAGUGAAACUGAUAUACUUUUUUAUUUAUCACAGUUUUCCUUAACCAAUUAUGUUCUUUAAUGCAAGGCCGACAGACAAGUUCCUUACUUUCUCCCCCUUCCACUUUCCUCUUCCACUUUUACGGUAAGGCUGCAAUUAUUUGGUUGUAAUUUUGGGUAGAGCAGACAUUUCCAUAUGUUUUUGUUAGCUGCAUGUGCGACAUAACUCCACCAGUCCUACCGAUGAUAUCAUUUACGAAGAUUAUACCUUUUUUAAACAUUCUGUCAAAAAAUAAAGUUUUUUUUGUCAAUUUGUAUAUUUGAAUUUAACCACAAUAUUUGUUGCAUUAUUUGUUCUGCCGUUUCUGGAGGAUUAAAUUGAAAUUGCAACCAACUUUCUAUGGCUUGUUUUAGAAAUAGUGAUAUUUUCAAAUAACUGCAAAUGAGUUGUUGUAAUCUGAAUAAAGGGAAAAAGGCCUUUCUUGAACAUUGGGUGAGACAAUCUUACUAAUUUGCUUGAGAACCAGUUCGGGUUUAAGUAUAACUUUUGUAUGACUGAAGCUUUUAGUGAUAGGUCUAAUGCUUUAAUAUUUAAUAAUUUCUGUCCUCCAAAUUCAUAUUCAUUAUAUAAAUAUGCCCUUUUAAUUUUGUCUGGCUUGCCGUUCCAAAUAAAAUUGAAUAUUUUUUUCUCAUAUAAUAAAAAAAUAACUGUUCGCUAGGCGUAGGCAAGACCAUAAGCAAAUAGGUAAACUGGGAUAAUACUGAAGAGUUAAUCAGGGGGGGUUUUCCACAAAUUGACAGGUAUUUUCCUUUCCAUGGUAGUAAGAUCUUAUCUAUUUUUGCUAACUUUCUAUUAACAUUUAUUGAAGUGAGAUCAUUUAUUUCCUUUGGGAUAUGUAUUCCGAGUAUCCACAUCACCAUCAGACCAUUUUAUUGGUAAACUACAUGGUAAUGUAAAAAUUGUAUUUUUUAGUGAUCCAAUACGUAAUAUAGUACAUUUGUCAUAAUUUGGUUGUAAUCCAGAGAGGUUAGAAAAUGUAUCUAGAUCCUCUAUGAGGCUGUGGAGGGAUUCUAGUUGUGGAUUUAAAAGAAAACAUGAAUCAUCAGCGUACAAUGACACCUUUGUUUUUAAGCCCUGUAUUUCUAAUCCUCUGAUAUUAUUAUUGGAUCUGAUUUUAAUAGCUAACAUCUCGAUGGCCACAAUAAAUAGAUAUGCCGAUAGUGGACAACCUUGUUUCACUCCUCUUGACAGUUUAAAACUUUCUGAGAAAUAGCCAUUAUUUACUAUUUUACACCUAGGGUUACUAUACAUGAUUUUGACCCAUUUUAUAAGAGAUUCUCCAAAAUUGAAAUGCUCCAGGCAUUUAUAUAUAAACCCCAGUCGAAUUUUAUCAAAUGCCUUUUCGAAGUCUGCUAUGAAUAGCAGGCCUGGUUUCCCAUAUUUUCCAUAGUGUUCUAUUGUUUCCAAUACUUGCCUUAUAUUAUCUUCAAAGUAUCUUCCAUGUAAAAAACCUGUCUGAUUAGAAUGAAUAAUAUCCGACAAUACCUUUUUAAUUCUAUGCGCUAUACAUUUUGCUAGGAUUUUUGCAUCACAACACUGAAGUGUAAGGGGCCUCCAAUUUUGAAAAUGGACUGGAUCUUUAUAUUUUCCACUUGUAUCCUGUUUCAGUAAUAAUGAGAUCAGACCUUCUUCUUGAGUGUCAGAUAAUCUACCAUUUACAUAGGAGUGGUUAAAACAUGCUAAUAACGGUCCUCUUAGUAUAUCAAAAAAGGUUUGGUAUACCUCGAUUGGUAUGCCAUCCAACCCUGGAGUUUUCCCGGACUUAAAGUCUUUAAUUGCAUCCAGAAGUUCCUCCUCUGUAAUUUCACCUUCACAUGAGUCUUUCUGUGUGGCUGUUAAUUUGACAUUAUCAAUAGAAAAAAAAUCUCUACAAUUAGCUUCAGUUAGAGGAGAUGGAGGCGACUGAAACGAAAACAUAUGCUUAAAGUACUUUGUUUCUUCCUUCAAAAUAUAAUUUGGUGAAUUAUGGGUGACUCUGUCAAUUGUAACCAGUUUCAUUAAGUUCUUUUUGAUAGCAUUCCUAUGUUGAAGAUUAAAAAAGAAUUUGGUAGAAGAACAUGCUAUUCUUUUCUUCUGAAAUAAACUACAUUUUCUUCAUAUCAUGCUUCUUUAGACCUGUCUAGAAUAAAUAAUGGCUUUAUUGUGACGGUGUAGGCUAUAUUACAUGGAUUUAUUAGGCUUUUUAAAAUGGCUUGUAGGCUAUGUGUGGAAGCCUGGAGAUACUAAACGGUCAAUUACCGUGAGACCGACAGUUAUUUGCUUGACAAUCACCGGCUGACGAAAUUUCGUGACCUCCACAGCCCUAGUGGAGACAGAGGUUCUCAGAAAUGUCAUAGAGGAAAUAACAAAGAGAGGGGAAACCUCUUCAAUGAGUAUCUUAAAUAAUCCCACAGUAUCCCUCCCCUCCCCUCUUCUCUUUCUUUCUUUCUUUCUUUCUUUCUUUCUUUCUUUCUUUCUUUCUUUCUUUCUUUCUUUCUUUCUUUCUUUCUUUCUUUCUUUCUUUCUUUCUUUCUUUCUUUCUUUCUUUCUUUCUUUCUUUCUUUCUUUCUUUCUUUCUUUCCAGGCCCAGCGUAAGCAACUCUGGGUGGCCCUGAUAGAGAAGGCCCUUGCCAAGCUCCACGGCUCCUACUUUGCCCUGCAGGCGGGGCGCGCCAUCGAGGGCCUGGCCACGCUGACAGGGGCGCCGUGUGACUCCCUCAUGCUGCAGGUCAGCUCCACCAACCCCCGCGAGGAGAGCAUCGACACGGACCUCAUCUGGGCCAAGAUGCUCAGCUCCAAGGAGGCCGGGUGCGUGGAACAGAGGAGGUUUUUCUUUGGAGAAAGUCAAUUAUUCUCUGAAGAUGUAACAUGAUAUGCACAAAUGGGACAAGGGAAGAAGUAAUUACUCGGAACUCAUCAUGGGCAACUUUGAUGUGGGGGCCACAAAAAAACAACUCAUCGUGAGGGGCCGCAGUGGCUCGUGGGUCUGCGUACCCACAUCCAUACUGCCGCUCAUUAGAGAAGAAUUCGCGGUUUUAAAGCAAUUUCCUGCAAUUCUACACAUUUUGCCAUUUUGCCAUAGGUUUCUGAUGGGGGCAUCAUGCGGAGGAGGGAACAUGAAGGUGGAUGAUGGGGUGUAUGAGUCGUUGGGCCUCCGCCCUCGCCAUGCUUACUCUAUCCUGGAUGUACGGGACGUACAGGGCUACAGGUGAGAGCUGAUUGGGUUAUUAGUCGGAGGGAGUGUGGCUAAUAAGUUUUUGGUGAAAAGGGCCAUGUAUCUUUCUUUUUCGGAAAUCCCGUCAUUGUAUCCUUUCCGUUUUUACCACGGGUAGUUGUAAGAACCUUAUCAAACCCUGAUGAGAGUCCUUCCGUUUUUCAGUCCCAAUUGCAUUCCUUUUAAUUGCUUCUGCUAACGACAUGCUCUCUCUCUCCCUUUCAGACUUCUGCGGUUGAGGAACCCAUGGGGUCGCUUCUCGUGGAACGGCAGCUGGUCAGACGAGUGGCCUGAUUGGCCGCAGCUCCUCCGCCAUGAGCUCAUGGCCCACGGCAGCAGCGAGGGCGUCUUCUGGAUGGAGUAUGGAGACUUCAUCAAGUAGGUCCCGUCUUAAUGUGCCAAUCACCCAAUGACCUAGGACUAGGUCAGGGAUGGGUGACUACGAUGUUGGAGACCCACUGGGUGUGCUCUCACUAAAACCAAUAAGUCCCAUUAACAAGAGUCAAUUAGAUGGUAUUCCAGGUAAUGGACUAAUUGGUAGUUAAUAGGUUGACUCAUUAGUGUGUAAGACUUAAACUGAGAGACACUGACCCACUCCUGUCCUGUCUGCCUUGUAAAUACCAAGUGUUUUUGUUUUAUUUGGUUGGUUGGCUGAUUUUGUUUUUUGGUGUGGUUGCUAGGUUGUUGAGUAGCAUGAGUUAGACUUAAGUGCCUGGUAGUCCAAUAAGUGAAUGGUACUCCAUGAAUCAGACUCGGAGAGUGCAUUGCAACAAGGAUGCACCUCCCUUCCUGACUGUCAGCUUGUCUUCCUUUCUGUCAAUUCAGUGAACGUUGCAAUGUAGGGUACAAGGCCCAAUGCUCUGUGCAGUCUGUCUCUGUCUGUCUGUCUGCCUGUCUUUGUUCAAUUCAUCCUCUCCGUCAAUUAAAUGAGCAAUGGAAUCUAGAGUCUGUCUGUCUGUCAAUAUACUGUAUCUGAAAGAAGAGAGAGGAAACCCAGUAACUCUGCUCAGCAUACAGCAAGGUAAAGGGUACUUGACAAACAAAUACCUGGUAGACAAGCAAGGUGAUGUCCUCGCGGCUUUUAACUCAAUGAGUCCCACCGCGACACCGGCGCAAUUUGUACUUCUAACCCCUUUUAAACACAUUGUACCACUGGAUUCGUAUUUUUCUUCUGCAUCCGUUGGUACCAACCAUUAGUCUGUGUGAUUAACGGGUGCUGAGGUAGAGCGGUGUUUGUGAGACAAGGGCGGAUCCCAAAGGGGCCCGGGCUGGGUCUUUUUACAAAAACGUCUAUAGAGUCAGAAUAAUUUGAGCUACAAACUAUUAAAAGCUAUCUAUGAAAAGCUGAGACUCUCACGAACACGCACAUGUAACGUGACGCUCACAAGCAACACAAGUAAUUUGAAGGUAAGGGGUUCUUCUACAUAGAAGAUCAUUUGAAAUCCAAGGACAUAAAAUCCAAUCAAAUUUUAUUGGUCACAUACACAUAUUUUUUGCAGAUCAUUGUGUUCCUAGCUCCAUAGACUCUAUAAUACUGUAAUAAGCUCACAUAGUUGCUGUCACAAACUCCAAACUCCACACAGUUCCCACUGAGCAAACAAUUAGUCCAUCAAUUUUUUGGGCCUUCCUCUGACACCGCCUAGUAUAUAGGUCCUGGAUGGCAGGAAGUUUGGCUCCAGUGAUGUACUGGGCUGUACGCACUACCCUCUGUAGUGCCUUACGGUCAGAUGUCGAGCAGUUGCCAUACCAGGCGGUGAUGGAACCAGUCAGGAUGCUCUCGAUGGUGCAGCUGUAUAACUUUUUGAGGAUCUGGGGACCCAUGCCAAAUCUUUCCAGGUCUCUGACCUCCUCCUUAUAGGCUGUCUCAUCGUUGUCGGUGAUCAGGCCUAACACUGUUGUGUUAUCAACAAACAUAAUGAUUGUGUUGGAGUCGUGCUUGACCACGCAGUCGUGACUAAACAGGGAGUACAGGAGGGGACUAAGCACGCACCCCUGAGGGGCUCCUGUGUUAAGGAUCAGCGUGGCAGAUGUGUUGUUGCCUACCCUUACCACCUGUGGGCGGCCUGUCAGGAAGUCCAGGAUCCAGUUGCAGAGGGAGGUGUUUAGUCCCAGGGUCCUUAGCUUAGUGAUGAGCUUUGUGGGCACUAUGGUGUUGAAAGCUGAGCUGUAGUCAAUGAACAGCAUUCUCAUAUAGGUGUUCCUUUUGUCCAGAUGGGAAAUGGCAGUGUGGAGUGCGAUUGAGAUUGCGUCAUCUGUGGAUCUGUUGGGGCGGUAUGCGAAUUGGAGUGGGUCUAGGGUUUCCGGGAUGAUGGUGUUGAUGUGAGCCAUGACCAGCCUUUCAAAGCACUUCAUGGCUACCGACGUGAGGGCUACUGUCACGAUCGUUAACGGAAGAUACGGACCAAGGCGCAGCGUGAUAAGUGUAUAUUUUAUUAAGUACUAAACUCACGACAAAACAACAAGCAAACGAAACGUGAAGUCCUAGGUUACACAAAACAAACCUUAACGGAACAAGAUCCCACCCCGACUAGUGCCAAACAGGCUGCCUAAGUAUGGUCCCCAAUCAGAGACAACGAGAUACAGCUGCCUCUGAUUGGGAACCACCCUGGCCAACAUAGAUCUAAACGAUCUAGAACAUCAACAUAGAAAAUGUAACACCAAAACUACACACCCUGGCUCAACAUUUCAGAGUCCCCAGAGCCAGGGCGUGACAGCUACGGGGCGGUAGUCAUUUAGGCAGGUUACCUUCGCUUUCUUGGGCACAGGGACUAUGGUGGUCUGCUUGAAACAAAAUCCCUCCUGAGAUGUGUGCAAACCUGGUGGCCAACUACAAGAAACGUCUGACCUCUGUAAUUGCCAACAAGGGUUUUGCCACCAAGUACUAAAUCAUGUUUUGCAGAGGGGUCAAAUACUUAUUUCCCUCAUUAAAAUGCAAAUCAAUUCAUAACAUUUUUGACAUGCGUUUUUCUGGAUUUUUUUGUUGUUAUUCUGUCUCUCACUGUUCAAAUAAACCUACCAUUAAAAUUAUAGACUGAUCAUUUCUUUGUCAGUUGGCAAACGUACAAGAUCAGCAGGGGAUCAAAUACUUUUUUCCCUCACUGUAGGUAUUACAGACUCGGUCAGGGCGAGGUUGAAAAUGUCAGUGAAGACACUUGCCAGUUGGUCCGCGCAUGCUCUGAGUACACGUCCUGGUAAUCCGUCUGGCCCUGCAGCCUUGUGAAUGUUGACCUGUUUAAAGGUCUUGCUCACAUCGGCUACGGAGAGCGUGAUCACACAGUCGUCUGGAACAGCUGGUGCUCUCAUGCAUGCUAAAGUGUUCCUUGCCUCGAAGCGAGCAUAAAAGGCAUUUAGCCCGUCUGGCUGGGUUUCCCUUUGUAGUCCGUAAUAGUUUGCAAUCCCUGCCACAUCUGACGAGCGUCAGAGCCGGUGUAGUAGGAUUCAGUCUUAGUCUUGUAUUGACGCUUUUGCCUGUUUGAUGGUUCAUCUGAGGGCAUAGCAGGAUUUCUUAUAAAUGUCCGGAUUAGUGUCCCGCUCCUUGAAAGCGGCAGCUCUAGCCUUUAGCUCAGUGUGGAUGUUGCCUGUAAUCCAUGGCUUCUGGUUGGGAUAUGUACGUACGGUUGCUGUGGCGACGACAUCGUCGAUGCACUAAUUGAUGUAGCCGAUGACUGAGGUGGUAUACUCCUCAAUGCCAUUGGAUGAAUCCCGGAACAUAUUCCAGUCUGUGCUAGCAAAACAGUCCUGUAGCAUCCGCGUCAUCUGACCACUUCCGUAUUGAGCGAGUCACUGGUACUUCCUGCUUCAGUUUUUGCUUGUAAGCAGGAAUCAGGAGGAUAAAAUUAUGGUCAGAUUUGCCAAAUGGAGGGCGAGGGAGAGCUUUGUAUGCGUCUCUGUGUGUGGAGUAAAGGUGGUCUAGAGUUUUUUGCCCUCUGGUUGCACAUGUGACAUGCUGGUAGAAAUGAGGUAAAACGGUUUUAAGUUUGCCUGCAUUAAAGUCCCUGGCCACGAGGAGCGCCGCUUCUGGAUGAACAUUUUCUUCUUUGCUUAUGGCCUUAUAGAGCUCGUUGAGUGUGGUCUUAAUGCCAGCAUCGGUUUGUGGUGGUAAAUAGACGGCUACGAAAAAAUAUAUAGAUGAAAACUCUCUUGGUAGAUAGUGUGGUCUACAGCUUAUCAUGAGGUACUCUACCUCAGGCGAGCAAUACCUCGGGACUUCCUUAAUAUUAGACAUCGCGCACCAGCUGUUAUUGACAAAUAGGCACACACCACCACCCCUCGUCUUACCGGACGUAGCUGCUCUGUCCUGCCGAUGCACGAAAAACCCAGCCAACUGUAUGUUAUCCAUGUCGUCGUUCAGCCACGACUCGGUGAAACAGAUAUUACCGUUUUUAAUGUCCCGUUGGUAGGAUAGUCUCGAAUGGAGCUCAUCCAGUUUAUUCUCCAGUGAUUGCACGUUGGCCAAUAGAACGGAUGGUAGAGGCGGGUUACCCACUCGCCGACAAAUUCUCACAAGGCACCCCGAUCUGCGCCCCCUGUAUCUCCGUCUUUUCUUCAUGCGAAUGGCGGGGAUUUGGGCCUGGUCCGGGAGAAACAGUAUAUCCUUCGCGUCAGACUCAUUAAAGAAAAAAUCUUUGUCGCUGUUCUGAUAUCCAGAAGCUCUUUUCAGUCAUAAGAGACGGUAGCAGCAACAUUAUGUACAAAAUAAGUUAAUAACAACGCAAAGAAACACACAAAAUAGCACAAUUGGUUAGGAGCCCGUAAAACAGCAGCCAUCUCCUCCGGCACCAUUAACAAGAGCGCAAUUAGCUUUGAGUGACGAGUGUGUGUGUGCAUAAGGUUUCUAGUCCUGUCUAACAGUGUAUUUGUUGUGUCUCUCCACAGGUACUUUGAUUCGGUGGACAUAUGUAAGAUCCACUCAGAUUGGCAGGAGGUGCGUUUACAGGGCUGUUUCCCCAGCAGAGCCUGUGGUCCUGUUACGGUCACUGCCCUGACCGUGCUGGAGAGGACCGCGCUGGAGUUUGCCCUCUUCCAGGAGGGCAGCAGGUACUCUCUCUCUCUCUCUCUCUCUCUCUCUCUCUUUCUCUCUCUCGACAGGCACCUGUUGGAAUGAACAAUACAUCUUAUAAACUUCUGAAUCUCUAUUCUUCUCCUUCCUCUAGGCGGUCGGACACAGCAGACAGCCACCUGUUGGACCUGUGUAUCAUGGUGUUCAGAGCAUCGUUUGGCAGUGGCAACAAGUUGACCCUGGGCCGGCUGCUGGCCCACAGCAAGCGGGCCGUUAAGAAGUUUGUGGGCUGCGACGUGAUGCUGGAGCCGGGCGAGUACGCUAUGGUGUGCUGCGCCUUUAACCACUGGCAGAUGAAUGUCAGCGGAGUAGGGCCGCCCACACCAGGUACACACACACACACGUACACAAACACGCAUUCACAAACACACAUACAUACAGUAUAUCCCUCUACAGAUUAGCAUGAAUGGAUGGUAGAGGAGUACUGGCCACACUAGGUUCACACAAGCUAACGCGCACACACACACACACAUACACGUUUGUGUUCAUGUAUACUUUUCCAUUCUCACAUACACAUUCUCACACACAUAUUCAAAGACAACUGACACGUUCAUAGUGUGAAUGUGUCAGUUGUGUUUGAAUAUGUGUGUGAGAAUGUUGAUGAAUUUCAUACGAGCCGGUAAAGCAUUCAAUAAGGAGAAUAUGCCUAUGGACUGAGUCAUCUAUUAAAGACUCCCAAGGACCGUGUAUUGUCAAAAACGAGCUAUGUUGUCCAUUCCAUAAGUGCUUACACCUGUAGUUAACCUGCUAGCUUGUGGAUUGAAAGAUUGAAUCUUCUCUUGUCUUCUUUUAGUGUCGAGCCCCACCAGUGCACGGCGUCCCAGCCAAGACUUCCCAGGGUACAUCCUGGCCAUCUACAGCUCCCGUCAGGUGAUGGUGGAGCAGGUGGAGGCUACCGCUACCACGCUGGCCGACGCCAUCAUCCUACUGACCGAGAACAAGGGAGAGAGACACGAGGUGAGAAGGGAGUAGCAUACACCACACACACAGACACUGUAACAGACACACACUCGCACAGAGACGGCAAAGAGAGCAUUUCACUACUGGAGACGAAACACAUCCAGUUAUAGAAAUCAGAAACUGCCGUUAUCUAAACAUAGUAGGCGGGUUGAAUAGAGAGAGACUGUGUCACAGGCAUAUGUGUAACUCAAAUGGCAUCUUAUGUAUGUACUAUUUACAAUGUAUAUGUGUCUGUCUGUAUCUCUGUUUCUGUCUGUCUGCGUUUCUUUGUGCGCGUCUGCCUCUGUGUGUGUUUGUGUGUGUGUUCCUGUGUGUGUGUGUUCCUGUGUGCGUGCCUGUCUCUCUGUCUCUGUAUGUCUCUGUAGGGACGCGAGGGCAUGACAUGCUAUUACCUGACCCACGGCUGGGCGGGACUGAUCGUGGUGGUGGAGAACCGCCACCCCAAGUACUACCUCCACGUGUCAUGUGACUGUACGGACAGCUUCAACGUAGUGUCCACCCGCGGCAGCCUCAAGACCAUCGACAGUGUACCGCCUCUAUACAGGUACUGCUGUGCACCACACAGUACAUUGUUUAUAUAGGCCUAUUUAGAACGUAAACUUACACAGGUGCUAGCAGGCAGAGGUGGGACCAAGUCACUACUAUUCGAGUCACAAGCAAGUCUCAAGUCACAAGGUCCAAGUCUCAAGUCGAGUCCCAAGUACAACCGGUCGAGUCUCGAGUCAAGUCCAAGUCGUGCAUUCUAAGAGCGAGUCGAGUCACAAGUUUUUUUCCAAAUCAAAAUAAAUCUAUAGGCUACAGGCAAUGACUUGUUCAACUAACAAUCUUUGUCUAUUUAUUGAGGCUACCAGACGGCGCACAUGCAUGUGCGAACACGCGCUCACAAUCGCUGCACAAAUGUACCCUAUCUUUACAGCCAUAAACGGUAAAGCAUUUUCAAAACACAAGAUGCAGAAAAAUCAACUGUUUUACACCUGCAUUUUGAGCAGAAAGUCAUUCAUGUUAGCAGUCAAUAUCAACUAGGAAUAUCAUGUCUCAUUGUCAGUCCAGAGCAAGCAGGAUCAUGCAGCCUACAUGUGGGCCUAUGCAGCUGAGGUUGCAGGAUCGGAUGGAAAGCAGGAUCUGUCUUUAGCCUUUUUCUUCCUCAGAAAUAUCCUAAUUAAUUCGCCAGAAUAUGUUACAUUUUCAUCCCAUAAGUAUUGAAGGUUGUGCGAUGUUACAGCUAGCUAUCUUUAGACAUAUAGCCAGUACCACCACUGAGGUAUAUAAUUAUAACUCAUCCAAACUAGGCCUAUCUGAAAUAUGGAAAUGAUCAAUGAAAUCAGAAGCAGCCCCAAAACAUGCAUGCACCAUUUUUCACGCUAAAUUUGGCAAUUUUAAAAACUGAACUUGACGUGAGAAUGAGUUUAUCCUCCCGCAAACUUUAGACUAUGGGUACGCACAGUUUCUAGUGGUUGAAGUAUUUCAUUGCAAGAAGGCAAAAAACGUAUCCUUGUAUAAAUGGGGAAUAUAUGAUGACACUCUUAUUCAUUACAAAAAACAGGUAGGCCUAGCUAAAUAACAAGAUGCAAUCAUUUGUCAUUAUUGAGAAAAGCAAAUCGAUUUUUCUUAGCAUUCUAAAAUAAUUCAAAAUAGGCAUAUAUUUCCUAUUAUUUAUUUCAUUUCCAUGAUCAUUACAGAAUAAAUUCCUCACCCUUUCUGACUGUGAUGGUUUCAUUGGCUACUCACGAAAUAGCCUGUAGGCCUACAAGUUUGGAUAGACUACCAUUGGUCCCAUCUCUCAUUUAAUUGGACCCACUUUACAGUAGUAAAUAGAUAAGCUAUUUCAAGUAGUCUAUUUUGCUCUAUGUGAUUAGGGUAGAACAGAUGGUUCACCUUUUCCAUUGACGUUUGUAAGCUACAUCUGAGUACUGUAAUGUGACAUUUCUAGCGUAGGCAAUAUUUCAUUUAUGAACAUAAUACAUAAAUCAUAACCAUUGCAGAAUAGAUUCCUCACCUUUUCUGGCCAUGAUGAGUUGAUAUUCCCAUAGCCAUGCACCAAAUUACCAUGCGCAUCUCUCAUUUAAUUGGGACUAUUAGUUUGGCUAUUAUCAUUUCAAAUGUUUUCUCUAUGCAUCCGACAGGGUCCGCAUUUUAUAAAUACAGUAGAAUUUAACAGGUGAACAGACAGUUUAUAUUGUUCAUUGAAGUGUGUAGGCUACCACUGUAAGUAGGCCUACUGUAGUUUUCAUUUUGUCCGAGCAUAUUUAGGUUCGGGAAAAAGUGAAUGCAAAACAUUAUUACAUUCAAACAAUCUGUUUACAGGUCCACAACAAUUUGCAAUUGUUUUUGUCUUUCAGAAAUGGUCACUGCAAAAGGACACAUUCUGCCAACACAUCCAAAGACAUUUGAUCAAGUUUUCCAUUGCUAUUUCCUUUAGAUACUGUCUAAUUCCAAUACUUUCAAACUAUACAGCAAAUAAGGGUGUUACUGUCACCAUAAAAGGUGAAUGAUGGGCAUUUUCAGGCGGAGUUCUAAUGCUCGUUCACGCGUGCACAGUUUUAAGACAGGUCUGAUUCAUAACGGAUACAUGCGUAUAUAUGGGGUUCGCCAAGUUUAUAACUCGUAUAUUUUUGUGCGUGCACAGUGUUUUCAGAAAUGGUGCACGCAGAUAUUUAGUGUUACAUGUAUGCAAUGGUUAUAAAUGAGGCCCCAGGUAGAUCUUCUUACCCGACAGAGAUCAUUGCGGCGCGGUCGGCAUUGUUCACGCUGUGGUUGGGAGCGGGUGGUCAGAUCAGACAAUUUUGUGCUGAAAAUAUUUUUGUUGUCCUGCAGAUUAUUUGGAAAUGGUAGUCUUUCUGGUUUCUAUGCAUUAGCCUACCUAUUGUAUUAAAAGCACAUUUUUGUCACAUUAUUCACAAGUAGCCUACCUCUCCUCUCUUAGUUGGGCGUGCGAAAUCAAAUGUGCCUAGUAUAUGUGUGGUUUUAAUGAAAUAGAGUAGGCUGGCUAUGCGUGGGUGGAGAAGCACGAGGCAGUUAUCUUUCCAAAGAAAUGUACAUCCUAAAUAUGAGUAGGCUAUAGUUUACUACAUUGCCUAGAAUGCCUACAGUGCAUUCGGAAAGUAUUCAAACCCCUUGACUUUUUCCACAUUUUGUUUCGUUACAGCCUUAUUCUAAAAUUUAUAACAAAUAUAUCCUCAUCAAUCUACACACAAUGCCCCAUAAUGACAAAAGCAAAAACAGUUUUUUUGAAAUGUUAGCAAAUUUAUAAAAAAUAAAAAACAGAAAUACCUUAUUUACAAAAUGUUGUCUCAUUCCUCUUAAAUGGCUGUGCGAUGUUGCUGGAUAUUGGCGGGAACUGGAACACGCUGUUGUACACGUUGAUCCAGAGCAUCCCAAACAUGCUCAGUGGGUGACAUUUCUGGUGAGUAUGCAGGCCAUGGAAGAACUGGGACAUUUUCAGUUUCCAGGAAUUCUGUACAGAUCCUUGCGACAUGGGGCUGUGCAUUAUCAUGCUGAAACAUGAGGUGUUGGGUGCAGAUGAAUGGCAUGAAAAUGGGCCUCAGGAUCUCGUCACGGUAUCUCUGCAUUAUAAUUGCCAUCGAUAAAAUACAAUUGUGUUCAUUGUCCGUAGCUUAUGCCUGUCCAUACCAUAACCUCACCGCCACCAUGGGGCACUCUGUUGACAUCAGCAAACCACUCGCCCACACGACGCCAUUUGCCCGGUACAGUUGAAACCGGGAUUUAUCCGUGAAGAGCACACUUCUCCAGCGUGCCAGUGGCCAUCGAAGGUGAGCAUUUGCCCACUGAAGUCGGUUACGACGUCGAACUGCAGUCAGGUCAAGACCCUGGUGAGGACGACGAGCACACAGAUGAGCUUCCCAGAGACAGUUUCUGACAGUUUGUGCAGAAAUUCUUCGGUUGUACAAACCCACAGUUUCAUCAGCUGUCCGGGUGGCUGGUCUCAGACGAUCUCGCAGGUGAAGAAGCCAGAUGUGAAGGUCCUGGGCUGGCGUGGUUACAAUUGGCCUGCGGUUUGUGAGGCUGGUUGGACGUACUGCCAAAUUCUCUAAAACAAUGUUGGUGGUGGCUUAUGGUAGCAAAAGCUCUGGUGGACAUUCCUGCAGUCAGCAUGCCAAUUACAUUGUGGCCUUUUAUUGUCCCCAGCACAAGGUGCACCUGUGUAAUGAUCAUGCUGUUUAAUCUGCUUCUUGAUAUGCCCCACCUGUCAGGUGGAUGGAUUAUCUUGGCAAAGGAGAAAUGCUCACUAACAGGGAUGUAAACAAAUUUGUGUACAAAAUGUGAGAGACAUAAGCUUUAUGUAAAAUGACUGGGAUCUUUUAUUUCAGAUCAUGAAUCAUGGGAGAAACCCUUAACAUGUUGCGUUUAUAUUUUUGUUCAGUGUAUUAAAAAAAUACAAAACCUUCACCCAACCUGUGUUGAUUUACAGUUUGUUGGUCCAAUCAGAGGACCGAGUGUGCGUUUCACUAGCCAAUCCGUUUUUUUGCAAGUGCGAUACUGUCUCUGGCUGCGUGGAGAGUAAUCCACGGAGACUGUGCCACAAAAUGAGUGACAAAACACUACAAAACCUGCCCAGAUAAUUUCAAGUCAUCAGUCUCAAUUCAAAGUUCAGUCCAAGUCUUGAGGCUCCAAGUUCAAGUCAAGUCUCAAGUCAUGAAAUUUGUGACUCAAGUCAGACUCGAGUCCAAGUAAUGUCCCUCGAGUCCACACCUCUGCUAGCAGGUGCUACCAGGUGCAUGGAGAAGAAAGUGUACUUGAUAAAAAAUAUUUUUAUGUAGGCCUAUAUACCACUGUUAAAGACAGAAUGGCUUUAUUACCGUGUUUUUCAACUUUUCUUGCAUUGGUAAAGACAAUGAUACGCAAAUGAUCGUAUUUUCUGACCAUAUUCUCUCACGAUCGUGUUCUUUAUUAUUACGAACCAUCAGGUCACGCAUGGCAUUAUGACCAUGUUUUCUGGCCGUGUUCUCCCAUAGUUCUCAUAUUUUCCAUGAUUAGAAUCCAUACAUCGUUAUAUACCACCUCACUAUUCAUGGAAUGAUUACAAUGUUUUCUGGCCAUGUUCUCUCCCAGUCAUAUUCUCCACUAUUCAUAUACCACAUCUUUCUGUUGAAGAUGGUCAUGCAUGACCAUGUUUCCUGACAGUGUUUUCUGACUUUGUCUCCCCCUGCAGGCAGGUGCUGGUGGUGCUAUCCCAGCUGGAGGGCAACGCAGGCUUCUCCAUCACACACCGGCUGGCCCACCGCAAGGCCGCUCAGGCCUCCCUAGGGGACUGGACCCCCACCAAGGCCACGCACAGCCCCCAGCUCAACCCCGACGUUGACGGCCUGCACCAGCCACGGCCCCUAUGACCACUAAUUCCUCCUCGAUCCCUGAAGGAUGAGGACUCAAUUCUGCCAAACGCACCUGGAUCCAGUUGGGAAUUAGGAGAAGGGGGGUGGAUGGAUGUGCCAUUUUGGAUGUGAUGGGGGAUGAGGGACCCCUCCCAGGUUAAAUCAGCAUUUCUGGGUGACUAGAGGAGUCCUGAGUCUGAGAUCCUCCAACCAACAAGGAAGAUUUCUAUAUCUAGCCUUGUCAACUACAACGCUGUACUGUAUGUCUGACUAUGGACCAGGUAUAUUACACAGACGGACACCCUAAUCAGAACAGAACAGCGCCUGUUCCUUCCCUAACCCCCGCAACAGAUGUCAACGAAUGCCCAGGAAGACUGUUGACCCCACAUCCCAAAGGUUAAAGAUCAUUCAGAGGUCAGGGUGGAGUGCUGUAACUAAUGAGCCACCUUGGGGCUGUUCCCCCACUGAGCCAAUCCACUACGCCGACCUGACCACCUGACCCCACUGUUCUUGGUCUAUGGACCCAACCCACCAUACUCAAGGUAGAAGUUUCCUUGAGCUGAUCUAGGAUCAGCUUCCCCUC